GGUGGUGCUGUCUGGCAGAUGCUGCUGUGCACUAACGUUACUUCCUGCUGCUCUCCGUGUGCUGGCAGUGGCAGAGGUGAGCCGCUGCUGCCUGCUGUUCACUCGGCUCCUGCUCUGCUCUACGCUGGUCUGGGAGAAAGUGGCCGACGGAUUAUCCAGCUCGGUAACGUUAGCUCGUUGGCUAACGGGUCAAGACCGCAACCGAGAAGAGCCAUGAAAAGCCGCCGGAGCCAGUGAAAGCUAUUCAGGGCUUAUUUCGGGACUUUAAUGUACGGAAAUAUACAAAGAAGGAGGUUCGCGGAUCAUGCCGUCGCCCCCAACGGGAACUUUUCUCUAGAAUUUCCACUUGGGAAAGGCUAGUUUAGGGGCUAAGCGAGGCUACAAACUAUUUUUAAUUGGCUUUGGGCUCAAUGGCUCCUGCUUGUUUUUCCCUGUCAUAGCGACAGUUUGGGAAAUUAAAACAGGGAGAGGCCCUGUGAACUUCAUGACAAACCAAAGCCCGGUUUUGAAGCGUAACUUCGGAAGACUAGACUGACAAGGGACCGAAAAUGAAGAAGCAGUUCAAUCGGAUGAAGCAGCUCGCCAAUCAAACAGUUGGCAGAGCGGAGAAAACAGAAGUCCUCAGUGAUGACCUCUUACAGAUUGAACGGCGCAUGGAGUUGGUGCGCGUGGUGUCCCACAACACACACAAGAGGAUGGUGUCAUGUCUACAGGGACACAUCGGCGCAGACGCAGAGAAGAGACAUUCCGUACCACGCCUCUAUACAGGAAAUGGUCAGAAAAAGCUUCCUCUGACUGCACUAUCCCAGGCAAUGGUGGAAGGCGGAAACCAAUUGGGAGAAGACUCCUUGAUUGGCAAGAUGAUGGAAGUGUGCGGUGAGGCAGAGAAUCGCCUGGCAUCAGAAUUGAUGCAACAUGAGCUGCAGAUAGAGAAAGAUGUUCUGGAUCCCCUCAGCCAAUUAGCUGAGGUGGACAUUCCCAACAUCCUGAAGCAGAGGAAACAGCUGGCCAAAUUGGUGCUGGACUAUGAUUCUGCCAGAGCAAGAUGGUUGCAGGCAACCAAGUCAAUAAUCUCAGGAACAAACACUCAAGCACUGACGGCCAAGGCUGACCUACUCAAGGAGGAGAUGGAUGAAGCCAUGAACAAAGUGGAGCUUUGCAAGGAUCAACUUGCUGCAGACAUGUACAGUUUUUUCUCAAAAGAAGGGGACUAUGCCCGCUUUUUCGUAACCCUCUUAGAAGCUCAAGCUGAUUACCACAGAAAGUCUCUCACUGUUCUGGAAAAUGUCUUGCCAACCAUCCAGGAUCAGCAAGACUCGUGGACAGAGAAACCUGCAUUUGGCACUGGGCUGGAUGAACACCUGAAAAGGAGUGGAAGGGAGAUCGCCCUGCCACUAGAAGCCUGCAUCAUGAUGCUCCUAGAGACUGGCAUGAAGGAAGAGGGUCUAUUCAGAAUCGCAGCAGGUGCGUCCAAGCUAAAGAAGCUAAAGGCAGCGCUGGACUGUUCCACUUCCCAACUGGAGGAGUUCUACUCUGACCCCCAUGCUGUCGCUGGAGCACUUAAGUCCUACCUGAGGGAACUCCCUGAACCUCUAAUGUCUUACCAGCUUUAUGAUGAAUGGAUCCAAGCAUCCAGUGUGUCAGACCCAGACAAGAGGCUCCAGGCCCUCUGGGUUGUAUGUGAUAAGCUACCAAAGAACAACAAAACCAACCUGAGGUAUCUGGUCAAAUUUCUAACCAAACUGGCUCAGGACAGCGAGGUCAACAAAAUGACUCCUAGCAACAUCGCUAUCGUCCUGGGACCCAACCUGAUGUGGGCCAAGACUGAGGGGAGUCUGGCUGAGAUGGCUGCAGCUACCUCUGUGCACGUGGUGGCCAUCGUGGAGCCCAUCAUCCAGCAUGCUGACUGGUUCUUUCCUGAGGAUGUGGAGUUCAAUGUGUCCGGCAUGUUUGCGAUGCCUACACCUGCAUCCAACCACAACAAUCACCUUGAUUACGACUGCAGCACCAUUGAGAGGAAGAGGCCUGGCAGCAUGGUCGGACCAGAGAACGACACGACGCGCAAAGACAACACCCCUAACAAGCACUCGGACCACACCCUUCGUAGAGGCAGUAACACCUUAGGUAGAAAGCAGCACACUUCGCCUGCCUUCCAGCCUCCUUUACCCCCUGUGGAGGCUCCGGGGCAGGGGCACGGGGCUGCGCAGGUCCCCCAGCCCUCAGCUGAGCCCCAGCCGCAAGCUCCAUCAGGGGGCCCGGGGCCUGACGCUGCCCAGCAAAGCUUGGCACAGAGUCUGGCUGCUCUGGCAGCCGCUCAGCAGCUUCUAGCCCAGCACACAGAGGAGCUGAGCAACCCAAAGCUACGUGACUCUACACCGGCCCCGACCCCUCUGCUCCAGAGGAAUGGCUCCGGAGGAGGGGCCCCCGCUGCGGGGCAACUGGGCGCUGGGUCCCCCGGGGCUGGAUCCAUGGGGCCCAGUCCGCAUAUGAUGCGCAGAGGUACCAAGAAGCAGGCUCCUGCCCCUCCCAAACCGAUGAACCCUCCCCCCAGCCAGCCCUGUAACUCCUCGUCCCAGUCCCUCAGCCCCUCCCCAAGACCCCUGUCCAGCCACUCGCCCACCUCGCCCACCUCUCCCACGUCACAGCCGUGUGCCACACCCAGACGCUACUCCAGCAACCAGCCCCCGAUCCAGGCGCCCAGCCACCCCCCUCCGGAGCCUCCGUCGCAGGCCAGCCCUCCGCCACAGCCCGCCCCCCCGGGCCAGCAGAGCGCCGAGCCCUCGCCUCCAGGCACCCCGACCCCUCCAGACACCCCUCCGCCCUCCGCUGCCACCCAGGAUGUAGCUCCUCCCUCCCCGUCUCCCUACCAGUCGGGCUCCCUCCCCCGGCCGCGACCCGUCCCCAAGCCCCGGAACAGGCCCAGCAUCCCACCCCCACCGCAGCCCACCGCCCUGGCCGCUGACAGCAACGGGAUCUGCCCGGCAGCGUACAAGAUGAUGGACCCGGCGAUGUCUUUCAAAGGGCUGAGUCGAGCUUUGGUCCCUGAGCUCGCUGUAGAACAGCAGCAGCCGGCGGCGGCCUCCUGCCUGCUUCCUCUCAAAGACUGUGACCUGGACACGGAGAGCACUGUCCUAUAGGGAGGAGAACACCACCACCACAUACCCCCCCC